GAACACAGUGCAGCGAUAUGAACUGGUUCACAAUACAAAGCUUGGAGCGGAAAGGGGGCAGUUAUUCUUGUCGCCUGAGUAAGAUUGAGAACAAGGCCCCACCUGACUAUUAUGAAUUUCUAGUGGCCGCCCAUUGUCAUGCAAAACCUUCAGCCGGGCAAUCGGUUCUCGAUCUUGGUGGUCCGCCAUAUGCGAAAUUGUUCUGGGAUUUCGUUAAAAAGAAAGCCAUACCCUUCAACUGGACGACUGAUGAACUCACGGGCAGGCACACGAUCGUAUAUGGUAGUUGCGAUGAGUCUGAUUAGUGUCACGGGCUAGUCUGCUCACUCUCUGAACAACCGCAAAACCCAAUGGGUUUUGAUCGCACUACACCGCGUUCUCCGUGCGUAGCUUCUUUAGUACGUCUUCGACAUUUAUCAGCACCACUUUGCUCAACAAUAACGUCUUGAUUUGGCCUCCG